AUGUCUGGUGACUUAGGCAACAAAAUAAAAAGAGCCUUUGAUGAAAAAUAUAUAGGCCUCACUAUCGGCGUCUUUCCCAGAAUACUAUUUGUAUACAAAUUCCUGGAACAAGAAUGUAAAGAUGCAGCCUUUAAGCGUUCGCUUAAAGAUCUUUCUUUUUGUAGUCAAAUCUCAAUACCUGGCUACUAUAAUACUGAGAAGAAGAAGAUGGGAAUAAGAAAAUCAAAAACUUAUAAAGGUAAACCUUAUGGUACUCAUGCUCGAAUUGAAAAGAAGAAGCACCUGGUGGGAAAUAAAAAGUGUAAAUGCUACCUCUGUGGGCAAGAAGGUCAUUUUGUAAGAGAAUGCCCAAAUGAAAAAAGAAAUAUAAAAAAGAUCGCUAUUUUCGAGCAAAUUGAUUUACCAGAAGAUUGCGAAAUACUUUCUGUACAAGAAGGUGAAGCACAAAGUGAUGUUAUUUACAGCAUCUUAGAAGGGGAAGAUGACUAUGAAGACCUACAUAAAUCCAUCCAAACCCUACAUUUAAAUGAGCAAAUUUAUAUGCUAAGGGAAAUUGAUGGUGGUUAUCGCCCUCAGGUCAAAGUAACAGAUAAGCAAAUGCAGUGCCCCCAUCAAUAG